AUGGCUCGAAAACUUCAACGUUUAGCAAUUAUCAGUAGUGUUUUAAUAGUUCCUUUUGCAUAUUUAUAUCAUAUACCAAAUAACAAAGGUAUUUCACAAAUGAAUCGUAUUCGUCUACUUAGAGCUGCAGCGAAAAUUACCAGUUUUGUUAUUGAAGAUACAACAAUUGAAGGUGUAUCUCUACGUAUUUAUUCUUCAUUAAAUUUAAAUGAUGAUAAAACCAAACAUCUUCCAGCGGUUAUUUUUUAUCAUGAAGAAGCGUAUUAUAUAGAUUCAGUUGAAAUUCAUCAUCCAAUUACACGUCGAUUAGCUCUUCAAACUGGUUUUAUUGUUAUUUCUGUUGAAUAUCGUCUUGCACCUGAACAUUCUUUUCCAGCUGGACUUGAUGAUUGUAUUAAAGUAACUCAAUAUGUUCUUGAUUCAAAUAAUGCAGAAAAAUUACGUAUAGAUUCAAAAUGUGUUGCUAUUUCAGGCGAUUUAGCUGCUGUUAUUUCAAUGAGAUUUACUAAUAAUUCAAAGAAAUCCAUAACUGAUAAUAUGGAUGACUAUCCGAAACUUAUGGAAAAUGAAAAGCAAUUAUUACAUUCAGAUAUAUCAUUAUUAUUAGUUGAUAAUGAAGAUUUGGCUAAAUUACCAUAA